AUGAUAUCUAAUGACCCUAACACCGCUAGAAUUGCAUCCUCGAAGAAAAAUCCCAUUUCUAGUGACGGAUCAAAGACUCAAUCGAAAUCCAGGUCUGAAUCAUUGAAAUGGGUCAAAUUGAUAAGAGCUCUACCAACUAAGCCAAAUAAUAAUGACAACUUAAAGACAGAGUAUAUUGACGUUAAUUUAAACAAUUCCAGAAAAUUGAUUGGUAACAUAAGCGAUUUAACAGAAACUACAGAUCAAACUGUUAAGCAUAACCAUGAGGUCAACGAAAGUCUAGAAAGGCUAAACAAUAUCAAACAUGAAUUGCAAUGGUUAAAUGAAUUAUAA